UCCCGGUGGAGAAAAAAACCCGGUUCACUCCUCACAGGCUUAAAAUGUUGGUGGCGGCUGUACACAAUGGCGGAUUAACGAGAUUCCCGAUUGCUUUACCGACACUGCGGUGAGUGGGAGAUGUGAACGGAGGCAACCGGCAAACACAACAACAACAACAACCGGUGUUUUUUAAUGUUUUUUUCUUUCUUUCCGGUUUUGUUUUUGUAAUCAGGACGAACGGCAGUGGCAGCUCGGCCCGAAUCUGCUCCAGACAUCCUCUGACCGCCGAAUAGCUGCAGAUAAAUAUGCAUUUUAUGUCUCACACAGUUUUAUUUUUGAGUUUUUCCGCCACUGGUCACCGAAUGUGCAUGUUUCUGAACAAAAGGAGACCUUUGUGGAUUAUUCGGCCCCUAUAAUAACCUUCCAAACGAUGCAGACUUAAGGAUCCUGAACUGAGAGAAGGUGACCGCCGAACCGCAUCAGAAAAACACAGGUUUUAACUCUCAAACAGCUUUAUUUAGCAUUUACAUGCACUUUGAAGAUCGGUUAUGAAUGUUUUGGCCCAGAGUUGAUGUUGUUGGAUAAUUCGGCCUCCGGUAAAAAUCUCAAGAAUGAUGUGAACUUCAGGUACAUGAAGGAAAAGGAUCCAGAGAACAACACAGUUUAACCUCUUAAACUUAGGGUUAUUUAGUAUUUUUUCUGCUGUGGAGGAUCGGAUCCGUAUGUUUGGGACUGGAAGAAGCCUGUGUGGAUAAUUCGGCUCCAGGUGAAACCCUCCUGCACGAUGGGGACCCAGGGACCGGGCAGGAAGAGGAUCCCGAACCGGGAGAAGCUGACCGCUGAGGACGAUGCUCUCAACCAGAUCGCACGAGAGGCGGAGGCGAGGCUUGCAGCGAAGCGAGCAGCGAGGGCCGAGGCCAGAGAGAUCAGGAUGAAGGAGCUGGAGAGACAACAGAAGGAGCUGUUUCACAGCCACAAGAAGUAUUAUGGUCUGGAUAAUAAGUGGGGUCACAUUGAACAGUGGAUGGAGGACAGUGAGCGGUAUUCUCGCCACUCACGGAGACACGCUUCGAUGUCAGAUGAUGAAGAGAGGAUGUCUGUGGGGAGUCGAGGCAGCCUCAGGCCUUCAGACUACAGUGGGUUCUUUGGCUCCAGCUCUCGAGCCUCCUCCAGGGCCAGUUCUGCUCGUGCAAGCCCAGUGGUGGAGGAGAGACCUGACAGAGACUUCCUGGAUAAAGGUUCCAGGACGGCGUCGACUCUCUCCGCCGCCACGCUCGCCUCACUGGGCGGAGCUUCAUCGCGCAGAGGAAGCUGUGACACGUCGUUCUCCGUGGAGACGGAGGCGUCAAUCAGAGACAUGAAGGACUCUCUGGCGGAGUCGGAGGAGAAGUACCGUAAAGCGAUGGUUUCUAACGCUCAGCUUCACAACGAGAAAUCGACCCUGAUCUAUCAGGUGGACACUCUGAGGGAGGAGCUGAGCGACAUGGAGGAGCUGCUGUGGGAGUCACGGCGACACUGUGACGACAGGACCAAGGAGUUGGAACGUGAGCGUCAGGCUCACAGUGUCCUUCAGUUCCAGUUUAAAGAGAUGGAAGAAACUCUGAGACAGACUGAAGAGCUGCUGACGGAGGUGUCUGAGCUCCGGGUGAAGAGCAGCAGUUAUUGUCAGGAGGUUUGUGACCUGCAGGAAGUUCUGCAGUGGAAAGAGAAGAAGAUGGCGGCGUUAGAGAGGCAGAGAGAAAUCUCUGACAUCGUUCGGAUUGAGCGUGACGGGCUCAGAGACGACGUGGUCCGACUGCGAGAUUUACUGAAGAAACACGGAGUGGUGGUCUCUCCUGAAAUCUCCACCAAUGGGGAGACGGGACAGGGCGAGGCCGACGAAGAUGUCAGCGCAGAAUCUGCCUCCCGAUUGGCUCAGGAGCCGUCUCAUGGUGGCCGAGAGAGCAUGCUCGAGCUUCGGCUGAAGAAACUAUUUGAAGAAAGAGAGAGUUUACAGGAUCAGGUGAGGCUGUUAAAGUCUCAGCUGGAUCAGAGACAGAAGAACGGGACGGAUGGAGUCCAGGAUCCAGAGGGGGACGGACUAGAGAACGGAAUGGACUCUCACCUUCUGGACCUACAGAGAGACACAAACAGACAAAUCAGUGAUCUCAAAUUCAAACUGGUGAAAUCUGAGCAGGAAGUCACCACUCUGGAACAAAAUGUGAUCCGUCUGGAAGGUCAGGUGAGUCGAUACAAGUUGGCGUCAGAAAACUCUGAGAAGACUGAAGACGAGCUCAAAGUGGAGAAGAGAAAGCUUCAGAGAGAGCUCCGCUCGGCUCUGGACCGGAUCGAUGAGCUGGAGGUCAGUAACAACCACCUCUCCAAACGUCUGGAGAAGAUGAAGGCCAAUCGUAACGCCCUGCUGGCGCAGCAGUGACGCUCUCUGCUGAUUGUGCCAUGUUUUCAUCUCCAGCCCGACGCACAGAGAGACAAUCUGCAUGCAGCACCAGACGAGCUGGAAAUGAACCAAAAACACACACAGUGUGAUGUGUGUCUGAAUUAUCAAUCAAUCUAUCAAUCAGUCAAUCAAUCAAUCAGUCUGUAAUGUAGCUCCAGUGAUCCCGGUGCCAUGAACACAGCUGACAUCCACAGCGGCACUUCGUGGGCGGGGUUUACCACAAACGCCUCUUCUUUCUGUUAGUAUUUAUGUAUUUAUUUUGUGUCAGACGGAACAAAAACAUAAUUUCUCUCUUUAACUUUCUCAACAACUUUCCAAAGUUAAAGAGUAACUAACCAUUAUUUACAUUAUUGAUUCAAUUUCUCGAUUAAUGGGUUCAAUAUUUGAUCUAUUAAAUGUUUUGUUUUGUUCAAAACCCAAAGAUAUUCACUUUAAUUUGAUAUAAAACAGAGAAAAGCAGGAAAUCUUUUGAAAGAUUUGAGAGGCUGAAAACAACAUUUUCAGAAAUUUUGCAUGAAAACUAACUUUGCAAAUUGACGGUCAACUCUUCAUUGUGCGAUUUGAUCGACAACUUCAGAUUAAUUUGUUUCGCUUUGAUUCAAAGUUUCCCUUCAAACUCCUUGUGAAAAGUUGUUUGCUUUGAAUUACAGGUUAAACAUCUCAGAAUCAUCAGUCAUGUUUUAGUUUAGGAUGAAUGAAACUUCUAUAUUUUUAUUUCACUUAUAUACUUUUUGAAAAACAUUUUUACCAAAUCUUAUUUAAGAGCUCCAGAUGUUACUUAGAGACACAUGAUUUGAAUGAAUUGAAUGAUUCUUUGUGGAGUUUGACAGAUCUGUUGAUUGAAUCAACUUAUCGAUUAGUCAGCGAUAAGCUAAAAUAUUCGAUCAUGAGAUAACAUGAACCUAAAGUUUGAAUAACUCAUAGCUUCCUUCAGAUUAUUUUAAAUAUAUAUGAUGAAAUUGACAGCCUGAUGUGGUAAGCUCCGCCCACCUGGUCCAUCCAGGUGUGUUGAAACAAACACUGCAUCAACAUUCAGCUCCUCCAUCGUGUGAAGCAUGGCACUACCUCUCCUCCAGCACUCGGGGGCGUCGUUCCCCUCAAAGACUCAAGAGACCAGAUCAGUCUGAGUUUCUUCACUUUAUUUUGGUGGUUUUUGUUUCUUCUCUCCUCAGUUUCUAAAUGUUUGCAAAUGGAAGAGCACUUUGUCUUAUUUUUCCAGUUUUUAUUGUUAGGUUUGGUGGGGCUGGAUGGCGAGGAACACCACCACGUAGACCAGUUUAAGGUUGCUCUUAUUAAUGAUGAGUCGUUUUGUCCAAAGUUAUUCAAGUUAUUAUCACAUAUGACAUAGUAAAGCAUCAUAUUCUUACAUUUUAAAGCAUGAAACCAGCAAAUGUUUGGCUUUUUUUUUGCUUAAAAAAGAACCAAAACGAUUAUACAAGGAUCAAAAUAGUUGCCUAUUAAUCUCCUGCUGAUGGACAAAUCAAUGACUAUGCUAGUAAUUGCAGCUCUGAUCAGUGUAAAGCAUCUAAAGGCAUCAAGAGUUCAAACAUCCAGCCCCGCCCAUCGUAUCUUUAUAACGCCCGGGGGCGUGGCCACAUGUGUUCAUGUGUGUGUGUGUAUAUACCUACAUAGAGAGCGAGCAGGUGGAGACUCACCUGCAUCAGGAAUAUUCCACAUCAUCUCUUCAUGGCACUCGGGAUGUAAAAUCACCAGCUUGUAAAUGUAACGAAACAUCGCUGAAUCAAUGAACGUACAAAGAGUUUGUAUCCAAAACGAACAUUUUGUGUUGAUUAUUAAUUUAGAGGGCAUCGCCCAUUGGUCGAAGGUGCUUUUGGCGGGACUUUAAGAUUUACCCGAGGAGGUGGUCUCAUCUCUUCCCCUGGAGGUCUGGUUUUUGUUUUUGUUUGUUUUUGCAAAAGGAUGCAGCUUGAGCUGAGGAAGAACCUGCUAAAUUAAAUCAUUAAUGUUGUGAGAUUGGGCGUUUGUGCUGCAUAUCGGAAAUAUUUGUUCUCGAUUUGGAAAUUUCAAUUCAGAACGAUGAAGAAAAGAUUUGUGGCUCAGCUGAUCCAUUUCCAUCGCAAACAUUAGAAGCAGUGACCACAUAGUAUAAAACAACACGUCUUAGUUUAUGGCUUCAGCUGACCACAUGCUGAACGGCUUCAGCUCAUUUCUGACCCAAUGAUUGAGCCACACGACUCAUUUUAGAGUCCGGAUGAAUGUUGUCGUAUGUGCAGUUCUCUGUGAUUCUGCUGACAAACAAACAAACAAACCUAAGCGAAAACUUGACCUCCCCGGUGGCGGUAACGACAGGACAGUGGAAGAUCCUCCAAGUCGCCCUUUAGGAACCUUUGAGGCUGUGGAUGUAUAACGUUUUGGAAUCAAGCUCUUCAUGUACGUGAAAAUAUCAUGUGACUAAUGUAUUUUUGAAUGUACGAGCUGUCGCUCAGAAAAUGUCAAGAAACAAGAUCAUGUUUUUCAUCGUCAGGUGGACGGGAAUCGAUCCUGCGUCACCACGAGGCGCCUAUGUUAUCCUGCGAGUUGUUUACAAGUUGGUUUUAGGUUGGUGAGGCGUGAGCACUGUGCAAUAUUUCCAUCUGUCUGAGGGUGACUUCAAUGUGUUUUAUUGUGUCCUAUUGAUUAGGACGUGGGGUAUCAAUAUAUCAGUAUAUGAAAAUGAACUGAUGGGCUUUUAUUGAUCGACAUUAAACUCAUGAAACAUCUCACUUUUACUCCUUCAAAGACUUUUUCUUGGUAAAAAAACGUCUGAACAGUUUAUAGUGAGUAUAUUGUGAUAAAUACAACUUCUGUAACUGCUCUGAUUAAGCACAGAUUUCUAACUGGCAAGCUAUCGCGAGAACAAAAUAUGUAUGAAUAUAAUUAU